UUUCAAAGAACAUCUAUAAAUUUAAUUUAAAAUUGAAAUAAUUGUGAAAUUGUUAACAUUCUCUAAAUAAUAAUUGCAACGAUACUGUGAUAUUUUUACUCGUAGAUUUCAAAUUCUAUUUUCCAUUGAAAUUUAGUAAAGUGAUUUUGAGUGUAAUUUAAAUUGGAAUUCUAGUUUUGUGUGAAACUUAAUAUUUUUCUCUUUGCCAAUAAAUAUACAAUGUCUUCUGCUGCAACUGGUACCUGUGAUAAUAGCAAUUGCGACCCAAUGUUUAGUAGUAGUAGUAGAAGAGAGUUUACGGAAUCCGUUCUCGGUGCCGCUUGUGCUGAGAAUAAGUUGCGUACUAUCUCUACCUCUUCUUGCGCUACCAACAUGUCGACUGAGUCUUACUGUAUCUCUCUCGGCGUAGGGCCUCUGUGGUGGUCCGAUGUCCCUUUCCACCACAGAACAGAUCACGAUAGGGCGUCACUCUUAACAGAUUACACUCGAAAAUCUUCGGUUGAUUCAGCUGGUGGCAGCAGCUUAUUCGACAGAAGCAACAGCGCUAGCAGCAGUGGCGGCUCUAGCAGCCUUGGCUCUUCGGCUUCUUCUGUAUGUUCUGACUCGGAUGUACAAUCCAUAUAUUCGGACGAUGACUGUCAGGAGGUAGUCAGGCAGAUCUUGCAACAUGAUCAUCCCAUUCGUAUUGUUGUCAAGUUACAUGUAACUGAGAACAAAUUCACCAAAUGGGAGUCGGUCUUGAAUCCAACUAAUAACAUCUUGUACGUUGCCAUGCCCGAAAAGUUGGCUUCGGAAAAUUCUAAGGACACUUUGAUUUCCUUGUUGGAAUUUGCUGAGGAUAAACUAGAAGUAGAUGCAGUUGUCAUGUGCGUACGUAAAAAUCGUACAGAUCGUGCCCGUCUUUUGGAAAGCUUUUUGCUUAUGGGCUUCGAACCCUUAUCUAGAAAAGCUUCGGAAGCACCACCAGCCGCUGAGAAGGAUGUCGAGAAUUUCUUCCUUAUCUACCGUAUUGAGGAAUAAGUUGACAUAACAACAAAAUAUUGUUUAUAUUUUAUGCAUUAACAAUAACUAACACCUUAAACAUUUUUAAGUAUUAAUAAUAACAACCGUAAAUUAGUUUUGGAGGCCAGUAAUUUUUUUUUAUUUACUUAUUUAAAGAACAACUCACUCCUGUAUUAACUAAAGUGUUCAAAAUUGCAUAAUCAUAUUAUACAUGUUCAUUUUGUCAACUUUCAACUCAAUAAUGAUAAAAUUUUAUCUAUCGAAGAAAUAUCGUAAUCACUGUUAAGAGCAAAUCGUAAAAAUGUCGUAUUUAAUCAGAAAUAAAAAUGAAUAAAAAUAUUAAAAAAAAAAAUUAAAAAUUUAAAAAAACGUAAAAAAAAAUUUAAAAAUAAAAAAAUGACAAAAAAAAUGUAUUAGUUUUUAGUAAUCAAUAUUAUAUCUUUAUAACAAACACAUACACUUGCUUUCUUAUUAUUUGCAAAUCAAAUUUAUAAAUUCCAAAUUUUAAAUUCUUUUUGUUUAAUGUCUAUAUUUUGUUUUAUUAAAUUAUUUGUCAAACAAUAAAUUUUGUUUUAUGAUGUCAAAUUUAAAUACUGCAUUAAUAAUUCAUUCAUAAUUAAGAAUAUUACAAAUAUAUUCAAUUUCAGAUUUUGUCUUAAAUAUAUCUUCAAUCAAUUUAUAUUCUUAUUUUUAAGCAUCAUAUUACAAUAACUCAUAUUUUCUUUUUAUCGUACAUAAAUAUAUACUUACUACUAGUGUUUUAUAUUUAUAUUUUACUAAACAGUGCGCAUUCAAUUAAAUUUUAAUUUUUCCAAAUUUAUUUUCCACUUUUGCAAUAACCAAUAAAAUAGUUCCGGCUUACCGUAAAAAACAAAAAUGUUAUGUUUAUUAUUCUAAUUUAAUUUUUUUCAGAAUCACUUUUAGUUUAGUCUGGUUUUGGACUCGUAAAACACAGAAAUAAUUAUUAAGCACUUUCUUCUUUCUAAUUGAAAUACAAAUAAAUAUUUACUCACCAAAA